UUGCUAGUUCUUUUCCGUUCAGCUACCGCGAUUGGAACAUGUCCUAUUCACCUGAAAGAAGGUAUAACACUAAAACUUAUACAAAUAACAUUUCCCAGAUCGGAAGAUUGGCCGGAGGAUCCUAAGAAUGGGCCGUCAAAGGAUCAAGGCAGUUACGAUGGACCUCCGGGUAUGGAGCCCGGCGGCGCCCUCGACACAAACUGGCAUGAAGUCGUGGAAAGCUUUGAUGACAUGAAGUUGAAAGAGGAAUUGUUGCGAGGAAUCUACGCUUACGGUUUCGAGAAACCUUCGGCCAUCCAACAACGCGCGAUCAUGCCCUGCAUCAAGGGCCGCGAUGUGAUAGCUCAAGCCCAGUCUGGUACUGGCAAAACUGCUACUUUCUCAAUUUCGAUUCUACAACAUAUUGAUACCAGUGUUCGCGAGUGUCAAGCAUUGAUUUUAGCUCCGACUCGGGAAUUAGCUCAACAAAUUCAGAAGGUUGUGAUUGCCCUGGGUGAUCAUCUGAAUGCUAAGUGCCAUGCUUGUAUCGGUGGUACCAAUGUACGUGAGGAUAUACGUCAGCUGGAGAGCGGUGUCCACGUCGUCGUGGGCACUCCUGGUCGUGUAUACGAUAUGAUCACUCGUCGGGCGCUCCGUGCCAACACGAUUAAGCUGUUUGUGCUCGACGAGGCCGAUGAAAUGUUGUCUAGAGGAUUCAAAGAUCAAAUCCACGAUGUCUUCAAGAUGUUGUCAUCUGAUGUUCAAGUCAUUCUGCUAUCUGCUACUAUGCCGGAUGAUGUGUUAGAGGUCUCCCGCUGCUUUAUGAGAGACCCUGUUCGUAUUCUUGUGCAGAAAGAGGAGCUCACGCUCGAAGGUAUUAAACAAUUCUUCAUCUCAAUUGAUAUUGAAGAUUGGAAACUGGACACACUCUGUGACUUGUACGAUACUCUUUCUAUCGCCCAAGCUGUCAUCUUCUGUAACACACGUCGCAAGGUCGACUGGCUGACCGAGUCCAUGCAUCAGCGUGAUUUCACAGUAUCCGCUAUGCACGGUGAUAUGGACCAGCGCGAGCGUGAGGUGAUCAUGCGUCAGUUCCGUACUGGCUCGUCUCGUGUAUUGAUCACUACUGAUCUGUUGGCGCGAGGAAUAGACGUUCAGCAAGUAUCCUGCGUCAUCAACUAUGAUCUACCCACCAACCGAGAGAAUUACAUCCAUCGUAUCGGACGAGGUGGUCGUUUCGGUCGUAAGGGUAUCGCCAUCAACUUUGUGACCGAAGCUGACAAGAGGGCGCUCAAGGAUAUUGAGGAGUUCUACCACACUACUAUUACGGAAAUGCCCAACGAUGUGGCUAACCUCAUCUGA